UGACGGACACGAACAUUCGAGUCCACGGCUGGUUAUCUAACUAACUGUCUUGUAGUUUUAAAAAAGAGCUAUAGUUUGCAGUCACAAAGUAGUAAACUACGAUACCCUUACCUAGGUUCCUCUCCCCAGCUUCCUCUAUCGUUAGCUCCAUUGGCAAGGUCCAACAAUAUCCGUCAUCACUGAGGUUAGAACCGCUGACAAAAAAUGACAGAUACAAAGCGCCUUGCAUUCUCCAUCAUUCAGUUUCUUCACAAUCAACUCGACAGUGGAGGCUUAUCAUCAGAUGCGCAGGAAAGCUUAGAAGUUGCUAUCCAGUGCUUGGAGACAGCUUUUGAUGUCUCCAUUGAAGACAAGAGUUUGGCUGUCGCACAAACAUUGCCAGAGAUUUUUGCAACUGCUUCAGUCACGACACCCCAGAUAAAUGUCAACUCUGUCCCAUUCACACCAACUGAGGAGGAAGUUGCUGAGGCAGAGAGGCUCAAAACAGAAGGAAAUGACAGAAUGAAGGAGGAGAACUUCAGUGAAGCAGUGGAAUUCUACUCAAAGGCCAUUGAGAUAAACCCGCAGAAUGCAGUUUACUACUGUAACAGGGCUGCAGCAUACAGUAAACUGGGAAACUAUGCAGGGGCUGUACAGGACUGUGAACUUGCCAUCGGAAUUGACCCCAACUACAGCAAGGCAUACGGCAGAAUGGGGUUGGCUCUGGCAAGUUUAAACAAACAUACAGAAGCUGUAAAUUUCUACCAGAAAGCACUGGAGCUGGAUCCAGAAAAUGACACCUAUAAAUCUAACCUAAAAAUAGCUGAGCAGAAAAUGAGGGAAGCACCAAGUCCAACUGUUGGAAUGGGUGGAGCUGAUCUGGCAGGUUUGCUCAGUAAUCCAGGGUUCAUGAAUAUGGCUUCUACUCUAAUGAGCAACCCACAAGUACAGCAAAUGAUGUCAGGAAUGAUGUCGGGGGCUUAUGGUUCAACCGCGGCAACAGUUGCUCCAGGGCCUGGUGGUGUGGGCCCCGGUGACCUCUCAGGCCUCAUCCAUGCGGGCCAGCAGUUUGCACAGCAGAUGCAGGAGGAGAAUCCAGAGCUGAUUGAACAGCUGAGGAACCAGGUUCGCAGUCGGCCACCUAGUUCUAGCAAUGAGGAGCAGCAUUGACAUUUAAAGUGGUAAACGUUUGUAUGAAGAGAACUGAAGACAGACUGUCCUUAUAUUAUGUUAAUUACUUUUGGAACUCAAGGUAUAAAAAUGUGUAUCAAGUUAAUGCUUGCAUGUUUGGCUACAUUUUAAUGGCCAGUCUUCAAAGGAAAUGAAUGCUGAACUGCAAGGAAAUGUAGAUCUAGGAUAAGCUGUUUUUACACAGAAUGGAUUAGAUGAAUGUCAACUCAAAUAUACUGAAAUAUGUCCCAGCAGUCUAGAACAUGGUUUAACUGUUGUAUGUAAUUAAGUGUAGUAAAUCAAGUCAUGUAACUCAGCAGUUCUCUGACAAUAUAAAAGCUGUCAAGCUGUGUAUGAUUUGAUUAAAAUACUGGAUUUUUUUAAAAACCAUGUAUUUGUACAGAUAUUGGAAAUGGCAAAGGAAUACAUUUUCAGUGCUGUGAACACUGAAAUGAAAUGACAAAAUUGCAAAUUGUUUUUUUUUAAUGGUUGUCAUAUUGUCGUUAACGAAGAACAUUCUGAAGUUCCAUGCAAGUGACGAGUAUGCUGCCCCUUUUUACUAUGAUGUUUUGAAACCUUCCUGUUGGAUCAGACAAUUUGACUUGGUUAUUUUUUUCUCAUUUUGUGAUUAAAAUGAUAUAUAAUCUUUAAAAUGUCUGACUCCUAGCCUGUGUUAAAAUAACUUUGGUUAACAAUUAAUUUUUAGUGUGAACUACCCACUCAAAUACUUGGAUACAUGGCUGUGAAACCUAAAGUUUCCAUUUAGAUCUUCAGCUAUGGUUUUAUUUUAAAUAUAAAGUCUGAGCUCCUUAUUAAAAUAUCAGAAACCGUGUAUGGAUCUAGUUUAACAACUGCUUUAGGGUUUUUUUAUUUGUUCAGGGUUUGAGUUUAUAUUGGUAAUCCUGAUAUUCAUGUGCCACCCCCUGAAUUAAUUAGUGAUACAGUGUAUUGAUGUAGUAAUUAAAAUGUGAUAAUCAGAAAAUUUAUUAGCAUAUAUACGAAAUUAAAUUUGAAAUUACUGGAAUAAACACAUUUGGGCAUUUG